AUGGAAGAGUCUGCGCCAAAACGAAGACGCGUUUCUCCAGACCCUGAGGCACCAACAGCAGCAUCAAGACCUGCAGCUCAAGCACCAACCAACCUACCAACUACAACAACGUCACAGUCUCCCAACCGACGACCUAGACCAUCCUUUGCAUCACCCACUCGAGCAAGCCUUUCGCGCUACAACCCGCAAAUACUGGAACGACGCCGUUCAGCUUUCCGAUCGCCGCCAAAAGUCACAACCACAGCCCCGGCACCCAGCAAUCCGGCGCCCGGUGCUGCUCGACCACCGCCAGAAGCAGCCGGCAACAUCGGAGCGAGCGAAUCCAAUCAACCGGAAGAUACAGUCGAACAGACUGGAGGUGCACCACGACCAGCGACGAGCUCUCAGGCUGGGCCGGCAGGGCCACCACUUCGAACACCCACAAGACCAAGCCCAAGACCGUUUCCACCCCCCGCACCAGAAGGCGACGAUGAAUUAAAUCCUUUUCUAGGACGGAUGCAGAGACGAGAGCCCAUCACUGGGGUACCCAUACCCCCUCCCCCGGAACCAGAGCUCCCUCCAGCCGUCUCAGAUCCUGUAUCUUCAACGCCUCCGCGAGGCAUCCAUAGCAGCCCUAGAUGGAGAGACCGAGACAGGCAGAAAAAGAAGUCGCCAAUGAAAAGCUCACCGUUGAAACCGCGCGGCGUGAGCACCCCGGCCAGGAGGGUUGGCGUCUCGAUGAGUCCGGCUGGCUCUGCCGUGCAGAGAGAGCUGCCGUUGCAGGACCGAAGCUUGAAUGCCAACACAAACGCCGCUCGCCAAGUCCCUGCGUCUGAUAAGAAUAUGCACAAGCUGAAGGAGAGAAACCGCUUGCGGAGAGAGAUUGCAGUUUUGAGGAGAGAAAUCGAACUCGCGGCCCGGGAAAACGAGCGCAUCCGGGUUAUGCAGCGAGCAGGUCGAAUUGUGGCUCCUGAAAAUGAAGAGGACGUUUUAAAUCUGGUGCAAAAGACGUUGGUCGCCACGAGAACUGCUCCUACUCCAGGACUUGCUCACCAAAUGACACAAGCAGCGCUAAACCCCAUGGGAAUCUUGCCAUUUGGCCCUCCAAGAUUGGUGUCAAAUCAGCCAAGUCCCGAGACGGAUGAAGCAAACAUCAAAUCUCAUCACCCUGUUCCCAUGUCGGCUGCAGACGAUUUACCAUUUUUACAACUAUUCACUCCCUUCUCUGCCACGUCGCAGGUUUCCGUUCUACCCUCUGCCCAAAAUCAACCUCUACGGCAGCGGAGGCAAAUCACGCUACGGUCUCGAGAUGUCCCGGGCUUGUUUACAGCUAGAGUCGACAUGGUGGUCAAUGCGAUGAAUCUCAAUAUUCUGGCUCUCAAGGUCCCCGCGUUAGAGCCAUGCGCAAGACCAGAGCUCGGGCCCUUUGUUGAGAAGAUAUGCUCCGGAGAUUGCAACAGAACAAUGCAGCAUAAUGUUGGCAUCCUAUCUUGGGCAAUGGGGGAGUGGUAUCGCGUGGCAGUACAGCGAGCUCGCUUUUGGUUCCAGUUGGAGCAGAGUCUGGCCGCCAAGGGCGAUUACUUGGAUGCGAUAUCGCGAAUGCGAUCGGAGCCUGGACUGGGCGAGGACAAUUCCCAGGACGACGACUUGGACACAUGCAGCAAAUCAGACCUCUUUCGCUUUCUCGGCCAGCAAUCGUACGAUGUGCCAGUCCCAACGAUUACAGGAGAAGGCCCAGAAUCGGCUGUGCGGUUGGAAUGGAAGAUUAAGCUCGACUGGACUGGGGAGGCACAAAGCAAAAUGGGACUGUUCCUUGGGAUCCCUGGCAAAUGGCGGCAAGCUGAUGAAAGGGGAGUGUUUGGUCAAUUUGCCAAACUAUUCGAGGUUUUGAUCGAAGGCGGCCAACCCCCAAGAAAAGCAGUGCAAACCAUUGUGGCGCUUCUGACAGGUGCCUAA